AUGGUUCUCUCAGUCCUUGCCACGCUUAUAACAGAACACAUUAUGAAGGUUCAAUCCUCUGAAUACCGAGCGAGGUCUCUGAAGGUGCUUCUCGACAAGGCGCAAAAGCUAAGACGUGCAGCGGGAGUGGCGACGAAACUUUGUCUCUCUGCACUAUCGGACGGCCACACAAUCGAUGUUUUCUGGGAUGAAUGGGAGGUGCAUAGAAUGGGGGCCAUCACAGACUCGGCUUUUGCCCGCGACUUCCGUAUUCUCCUCCCCCCCCCAACAUCACAAACAGCCUCACAGACAGGCAAGCAUAUUCGAAAACUGUCCUUGAUAAACGUGUGGGUUGGCGGGAUGCAGGCUACCCGCUACUGCGUGCAAGAUGACAAGCGUCUUCUACUCGUGACCCCGUCCUCCAUCUCUCCCGGCGUCGGAGAUAUCAGGUACCACUUGUGUGAAGGGAACCUGACCGUGUCACAGGCUAGUCAGCCUGACAGCUCCUCCUCUCAAAGAAGGUUUUCGCAUGGGGCGUCCGGCGCUUUGGGAGAUCCGCCUGCACUUCGCUGA